UGGAAAAAAAAAAAAAAUUAAUGGUGCGACCAUUUGAAAGCGAGGUUCUCGCAAAUCGGGACCCAUUCUGAAAUCUCUCCUCUGUGUGAGGAAGUAGCGACGAUGGUGGCGAUGCAAGAGAGCAUUGUCGUCCUUGCCAUUCUCCUUAUGUUGAUACUGAUCCUUGUUCUCAUCGUGAUCGCCUGUAAACCAUGGCGCUUUUUUGACUCUUCUUCUCGCUCUCGCAUCAUCGUUAAGGCUGAUGAACUAGAGAGGCCCCUCAUAUCAGAUGAUGUGGCUGUGGUCCUAGAACAAAGUAAUGAUUUUGGCAGAAAUUAUGAUCUAGAGGGAGCUUGCAAUCAAAAUGAAGGGUUUUUGCGCUCACCUCAAACACAUGGACUUGUUUAUAAACAGAGGCUUCCCUCUGCAUCUCCCAUUGUAAAUCAAGGUGAUAACUUGGUUCUAGAUGUAAUUUCUGAUACUUCGGAGGAUCUUUUGGUUAGCCAGACACUUAAGAGGCCAAUUUCACAGAACUUAGCUGAAUUGCAAAAACAUAGACAGCAAGAUUUAAGUCCUAAUCUGAAGUUUGUUGCAAGUAGUGAUAAGGUUCAAGAGUAUGUACCUAAGGGUGUUGUAGAUCAAAGAAGCUGCCUUUCCUUGGAGGUUAUAUCUGGUCCAUCUUGUGGGGUUUGCUGUUCUGUACAGUCAACAUGUGCUUCUAGGCUGCCACUGACUCUUGGAAGAGUUUCUCCCAGUGACUUGUUACUGAAAGAUUCUGAGGUGUCGGGGAAGCAUGCAUUGAUAAACUGGAAUUCAGAUAAAUUGAAAUGGGAGCUGGUGGACAUGGGUAGUCUAAAUGGGACUCUAUUGAAUUCACAGUCAAUUAACCAUCCUGAUUCUGGAAGUAGACAUUGGGGUGAUCCAAUUGAGAUUGCUACUGGAGACAUAGUUACUCUUGGCACAACUUCGAACGUAUAUGUUCAAAUCACAUCGCAAACUGAGACUCAGAUUCCUUUUGGUGUUGGUGUGGCAUCAGAUGCCAUGGCUUUGCGUCAGGGAGCAAAGAAACUUCCAAUGGAAGAUGUGUGUUAUUAUCACUGGCCUCUUCCUGGAGCUGAUCAGUUUGGGUUAUUUGGUAUUUGUGAUGGACAUGGUGGUGCAGCAGCUGCCAAAUCUGCUAGCGAAACACUUCCUAAAAUGGUGGCUGAUAUAUUAUCGGAUUCGCAUAAAAGAGAGAGGGUUUUGGCACAAUGUGAUGCUUCAGAUGUUCUUAGGGAUGCAUUUUCUCUAACAGAAGCAUCCAUGAAUCAUUAUUAUGAGGGUUGUACUGCAACAGUACUCCUGGUAUGGACUGAUGCUGAUGAAAAUUUAUUUGCGCAAUGUGCUAAUGUUGGGGAUUCUGCUUGUGUAAUAAAUGUUGAUGGAAAGCAGAUUAAGAUGACAGAAGACCACCGGAUUACUAGUAAUUCUGAAAGGGUCCGAAUCAAUGAAGCAGGAGAACCACUGAAAGACGGGGAAACAAGAUUGUGUGGCUUAAACCUUGCUCGAAUGCUUGGAGACAAAUUUUUGAAACAGCAGGAGGCCCGCUUCAGUUCAGAGCCUUAUGUAAGUCAAGUUGUGCAUAUUGAUCAAGCAAGCAAGGACUUUGCUAUUUUGGCUAGUGAUGGAUUUUGGGAUGUCAUCAGCUUUAAGAGGGCAAAUCAGCUAGUCCUUCAGAUGAGGGAGAAAUACUCUGCAGAAAAAGUGAAUUCAGCCGAGAAGAUUGCAAAUGUUUUGUUGAGUGAGGCAAGAACACUGCGAACAAAGGAUAACACUUCUAUAAUAUUCCUAGAUUUUGACAGCACAUUUAGAAAGGCUUGUAAAAUUGAUUCGUAAUAUAAAUCAUAAGGUUUUUUAAGUGUACGAUCAA